UGCGAAAGCUGAUCGAGGUGGGGAUUCUCUAUCUUUUUGGGAGUGGACAGAAGCGGAAGACGGAGCAUUCCAGUGUUUGGGAGAAAGAUAUAGGCCUAAAGAUUGAGAAACUCUGACAAACUUGUCCUGAGCCCUGAUGAAUUGACAUGAAUCGAAUACGGAAUAUGACUUGCUAAGAAAGUGAUAGCGCCAAACCUUACGGCUGGCUGAAGCAGCCAUGCUAGACAGCAGAUUGCUGAGGAACCUGUGUCAUGUGCAACAUGGAGCGCAGAUUUUGUGGAUGAACUGCAGUGGUCUGCAGCCAUUUCGAAGCCUCCUAGCAAGCGGAAAGAACCCAAUCCCACAAGCAUGGUCGCCGCGAGCAAAGUAGCAGACCUGGCACAAAACAAGGUAGUGGUGGCAGGUGCCCUGCUGCUGACGGUCACUACAGCCUUAGAUGUAGUACGACGUUGGAGGAGGAAGGGGCAGCAGCCCCCUUAUCCUCCAGGCAGCUGGCCGUUCUUGGGCCACUUCGUCACGGUGAUGCGCUAUUGCUGGGACAACAGCAGCUGGGCUCUUGCAAAAUGGGGACUUGAGCUUCAGCGAUCUCAAGGAUUCAAGACCCACGGCCUGAAUUUCUGUGGCACCUACAUAAUUUGCCUCUCAGAUGCUGACUUGGUGCAGGAGGUUUUUGAGGGAGAUCCACACAGGUUUACAAAGAACUUCAACGAUUUGCCUUUGGGUGGCGAUCUCCUCGAGUACAGCUUCAAAGAUGGGCUCUUCACAGUGAACACAGACAAUCCAGCUUGGCAGGUGGCCCAUCGGAUUCUCAUCUCGCCCUUCUCUGUUCGAGGUGUUCGUGGCAUCAUGCCGAUGAUGUGCGACCAAGCCGACCUCUUGAUCAAGGCGAUGAAGCGUGACGUGGGAUACGGCGGGACCACCUACAUCGACACUUGGGUGGUGAAGAUGGCCUUCGAAACCAUUGCAGUGUGCGGAUUGGGCACGUCUUUCGGAUGCUUUGAGAACGCCGAGAUCAAUCCCUUUGUGAAGCACUUGAACGAGGUCGUGGAGUCUCUGGAUGUUCUCGGGCGUUGGCCACCAUUCUUGAGGCGCAUUUUCUGUCGCCAGCGCUUGCAAAGCUACAUUGACAGCUCUGCAAGUGUACGACGGACUUGCAUGGAGAUUCUGCAGCGUCGAAAGAGUGAGGAGCACAAGGAGUCGCACAAGGACCUCUUGGACAGGAUGCUAUCGGAUGCAGAUCCCAAAACUGGGCAAAAGAUGUCCGAGGAGUCGGUGGUGGACAACCUCCUCACGUUCCUGUUUGCUGGUCAAGACUCCACUGCUGCAGCCAUGGCUUCAUGCCUUUGCUAUUUGUGUGCGAAUCCCACGUGCAAGGAGCGACUGCUGCGGGAGAUCGAUGAAGUGGUUGGAAAGGAUCAGUUGAGCUGGGAGCACCUGAACGAGCUGCAGUAUUUGGAUUGGUGCAUCAAGGAAACCUUGCGCCUCAUGCCGCCUGGGAGCCUCCUGCUGCGCACCUCCACCCGAGAGCAAGUACUUGGCGGAUGGUAUGUGCCGGCCAAGGUUCCCAUCAUCGUGAACAUUUUGGCCCUCCACUACAGUGAAGACCUUUGGGGUGCCGAUGUGAACGAGUUCAAGCCGGAGCGAUGGGAGCGAGGCUUGCCUCACAAGUUUGCCUUUAUGCCCUUUGCUCAUGGACCUCGGGCCUGCAUUGGUCGAGAGUUCACACUGAUGGAGCAGAAGGUGACCAUGGUGAAGUUCUUCCAGAACUUCGAUGUGGAGCGCGUGCCAGGUGACAAGGCUGGGUAUACAGUGCUGAAGCCCGAUGGACGCAGUCCACCCUUCCUGAACUUUGAUACGCCGCUUCAUCUUCACGAAGAAAGAGUCUUCACACUGCGAUACUGUCAGUGCCCAUCUGGAAGGAGGCCGUCAUGGAUCUCACCACAAGCAAUGGAAUUGGAAGCAAUGGAAUGAACCCGUGCAUUUCCCGUUUGGAUUUCUCCGUCCUGCUCGCUGCUCGCCCUUCUUCCGAGCAAGGCAGUUGAAGAAGGAGGCCACCUUCCUGGGCCUGUGCAACAACUUCAAGUUGCUACCACGGAGCCCUUUGCAGGCCUGAGCCAAACUGACCCCACUGAAAUGGCUCCCUGGGUGAUCUUGACAUAGCGCACUGAAACAUCCUCCACAGUGGUGACGUCGCGGAGGGUCGGGUGUGCUCCCACGCCGUGCACCAACGAAGCAGGCUUGCGAGACGGAGGACCGGUGAGAAUUGGUGGACGUGAGCAGGAACGAUCUCGUCCGCACAGGAACGAUGGAACUGCCGGCUUGGCGGUGCAUCCCGAACGAGUCUCUUGAUCAAUUAGUUAUCAAGAUCCUGCCAUGCACCUUGCAAGGACAUGUCCAGUGAUCCCUGGACAGGAUAGCCCUCUCGAAACUUGUGAGUGAUGUUGACAAUGACUCACUUGCCAAGAAUUGAUGGCCGUCUGAUGUCCAUUGGUCCAUUGGUUUACUUGGGUUGCAGUUUUGAGGAUCCUGGAUUUGCAAACGCGCUUCUUUCCGCGCAUGUGUACAGGCCAUGCGAUAAUCAUCUUGACAGUUUAGUAUCUCCACUUCCACUGGCUGAAGAUGUUUGCCUGCGGGUUGGUUAUGCAGGCACUGGAGCAUGUCCCA